ACCAAACGCAAAAGACGAUGGGACCGAAGAAGGGCAACAUGAACUCGAAGGCUGCGGCCGCCAACGAGCGCAAGGCCGCCAACGAUGCGGAGAAGAACAAGAAGAAGUCUGCCCAGGCCGAGGCGGCGGCGGCGGCGGAAUGGGCCCAAGGCGCUGAUGCCCGCGGCUCGAAGCGCCAGCAGGAAGAGGAACUCAAGCGCCAGCAAGCGGAUGCGAAGAAGGCGGAGCUCAAGCGUCUCCAGGAAGAAGAGGAAGCGGCCUUGUCGGGCGUGAAGGCCAAGGCCAAGACGAAGAACAUGAAGGACAUGGACAAGCCGUGGGAACUGGCUUUGGAGCCGACGGGUAAGAAGAGCAACAAGGGCAGCCGUGCCAAGCCUGCGUCGGCGCCGCGUGUCGUUGCCGACCCUGCCCCGGCCCGGCCCGCCGGUCGCCACGACAUUGUCUUCAACGACGACAUCGACUUGCACGAGAACAAGAACCGCCACGCCUCGGACGCUCUGGAAGCAACCUCGGUGGAGGACGCACUCGCGUUGCUGAGCACGGACGACAAGGGCAACGAGCGCCAUCCGGAGCGCCGUGCCAAGGCGGCGUACAAGGCGUUCGAAGAAGCCACGAUGCCGCAGCUCAAGGAAGACUACCCGGGCUUGAAGCUCUCGCAGUACAAGCAGCGCCUCAGCGAUAUGUGGCGCAAGUCGCCGCAGAACCCUCUCAACCAAGACUCCAAGGCCUACAACGCCAAGAACUAA